ACUCAACUUCGCUGCUCUCUCCUGGGAAACUUCGCUGCUCUCUCCUGGGAAACUUAGCUGCCUCUCCUGGGAAACUAAGCUACUCUCUCCUGGGAAACUUAGCUGCUCUCUCCUGGGCUUCGCUUAUCUGUGGACACCUACACUGAAAAAUAGCUUACAACUGAAUAUACAUGGCACCCGACUUGGCCCAUCUAAAGUGGCAAACUGAAGGACUCUGUUGGUAGCUGUGUUUUUAAACAGUUACGGUAUAUGAAGUUGUGUGAGUGUUUUCUGGAAGCUGUGGUAUGUAUGGGAACCAAAGGCUCUGGUGGGAACCGGAAGUGUUGUGUUUAAUCAGAGCUCUUUCUGCUCCAGUUAACACCAAUGUAUGGUCUGACCUGCCCUGCCCAGUGGGGUGUACGGCUGGACCCAAACAAUACACACAUGAGCGGAUUUAGCGCACCGGCCGCCACUCAUGCUGCCUGCUGCGCAUGAGUGCCAGUCUGGUCUGCUCUCGCCGCUCUGCCUGCCACUCUGCGCCCUCCGCCUCACCACGCCGUGCAGCUCGCUCUGCCCCCUCACAGCCGGUGGGUGAAUGCGUGUGCCGGGAGGCUCGGCUCUGGUGGAGGAGUCCGUGCGGGAGGUGCUUCUCAUCCGGAAGUCUCUAUGGGAACUCCACAAGCUCCUGACGGACCUCCCAGAUGACAUGCUAGAGGACAGCCGUGACUCCUCCCCCGAGCUCAACGACUCGCCCUGCAGUAACCAUGGCAAUGGCAACAGACCUCAGCACGCCUGGAACGGGCAAACUGACUGGACCAAUCAGAGACCCCCAGCUCUCACUGAGGAUAACUAUGAGGACGAGGGCUCGUAUCAUCAGGACUACAGCUAUGAGAACGGCCCCGGCCCACUGGGCCAGGGGGGCGUUCAGGGGUACCCGUACGAGCGCGAGGGGUACCCCUACUCCAGCACGGGGCCUGAGGAGUCCUCCUGCACCAACGACUUCUCCAUAGACAAGGGAUACGAGCAGGAACCGUACUCCCCCACCAAGCACCCAAACGACCAGCAGAACUACAACCAGUACAGGAACCACUUCCAGAAUGUGGACAAUGGUGGGACAGCAGAGAAGAUGCCCAAUCACCAUAAGGCCACUUUCCAGCCCCGCCAGCCCUCCCAGAUGUUCAACCCAGAGGGGCAUCAGAACGGGCACCUCCCGAACGGGCACCUCCCGAACGGGCACCUCCCGAACGGGCACCUCCCGAACGGCCACCUCCCGAACGGCCACCUCCCGAACGGCCACCUAGAGCAGCUGCAGCGGGACUUUCUGGACUCCAGACAGAACACGCUGGAGGGCCAGCAGUUGGCGCAGCUGCAGGUGCUGCAUCAGGCCCAGAACAGACAGCUGGAGGAGCUUGAGCGCAAGAUGGAGGACAGCAAACGCAGCAUCCGCUUCCUGGAGCACCAGCUCGCCAUCGUCAAGGAUGAGAAGGAGGGUCUGGCAGUGUCUUUGAAGGAGUCGUCUCAUGUGCUGGAGGAGAGUCAGAGCAGAGAGGCUCAGCUGCAGGCCAGCGUCACCGCCCUGGAGCGACAGAUACACACCCUCACCGAGAGAGACCAGGAGAGCCAGAAGAAGCUGUGUGUGGCCGAGGCGGCGGUGGACAGCAUGCAGCAGCAGAUGAUGGAGAUGUGUCGCUCAGACACACUCACCCGCGUCCGAGAGCAGCAUGACCGAGACACACACGCAUUCCGGGAACAGCACGAAGCCAGGGUGCUCAGCCUGCAGCAGAUGCUCGACUCACACACACAUGCCCUGCAGGAACAGACGGAGCUGGGCCAGCGGCUGCGUGAGCAGGUGCGUCAGCUGGAGCGUCAGCGUGAGGAGGAGCAGGUGGAGAGAGCCUCCGUCAUCAACGCCCUCACACAGCGCCUGGAGGACAGCCAGAAGCAGUGUGCCAAGCUGCUGCACACAGGCUCGGUGCAGGAGAUGAGUCAGAUGCAGAUGAGACUGCAGCAGGCCCAGUCUGCCAAGAGCAUGAGCGAGGAGAUGAACAAAGCACUGCAGGAGGAGCUGAGUGAACUGAAGGAUCAGAUCCGGCUGUAUGAGUCUGCAGUGAAGCUAGGGGUGGUGUCCCUGGACAGCGGGGGCGACUGGGACAACCAGCUGUCCGACUCCUACGCAGAGCUGGGCAUCAAGAAGGUCAACUGGAAAAAAACACGCAUGCACAGCACCCCGGCGCAGGGUGAGGGUGUGGAGCCGAGUGAGGUGGUGCGGGAGCUGCGGGCGGAGCUGCAGCGCUGUCUGGCCAGCCUGAAGGACAAGCGCCAGCGUAUCUCUGACCUGCAGCACGACCUGCACGUCACCCAGGAGCAGCUGCAGCAGCACAGCGUGCACACACACUCCAGCACCAGCACCUCACCGAAGGGAGACGGAAGCCUCCAGAAGCCUGCGGGAGCAGCAGCAGCGUCCUCCUCAGAUCUAACUCUGCUGCAGGAGGAGCGGCAGCACCUGCAGGACAGAGUGGAGGUCUUGGAGAGGCGUAAUGCGGAGCUGAAGCAGAGCGAGGAGAAGGUGAAGGCGGCCAACUCUGAGCUGUGCUCCAAGAUGAGGGAGAUGAUCCAGGAGCUGGACCAGGAGAAGCAGGAGGCAGAGGAGCGGUAUGAGCGGACGCAGCAGCAGUUCCGUGAUGACGUGGUGAAGCGUGUGAGUUCGGAGCUGACCCAGGAGCACCAGGCUCAGAUGGAGGAGCUGAGGACCCAACACCAGCAGCAGACCCAGGCCCUAGAGUCUAAGCUGUGUGAGCUGCAGGGGGAGAUGGUUGCAGUACAGGAGUGCUACAUCUCCAUCUGUAAGGAGAAAGACCGGCUGGAGGAGGAGGAGAGUAAGAGGCAGCAGGCGAGUGAGCGUGCUGUGGAGCAGCUGCGUGCAGAGCUGCAGAGUGAGCACCAGGGGGAGCUGUCGCGCCUCAGGAGCCAGUGGGAGGCGGAGCAGCAGGAGCAUCUCCAGAGCAACCUGGCCUCGGCCCAGCAGAGCUGGCAGCAGCAGCAGCAGGAGGUGGAGCGGGCCUGGUCUGUGCGUCUGGAGCGCGCGGUGGAGGAGGAGCGGAGGCGGCGGGCGGCGGUGACCCAGGAGGGGGGCUGCCAGACGGAGGCUCGGGAGGAGGUGCAGGCCCCCAUGGUCCCUCGGGAGGAGGUGCAGGCCCCCAUGGUCCCUCGGGAGGAGGUGCAGGCCCCCGCGGUCCCUCGGGAGGAGGUGCAGGCCCCUGCGGUCCCUUGGGAGGAGGUGCAGGCGCAGCUGCAGGAGCAGAGGGAGCGGCUGCAGAGGGAGGCGCAGGAGGAGCAGGUGGCGGCCGUGAGGAGGGCACAGCGGGAGCUGCAGCAGAAGCACCUCAAGGAGGUGGCCAAACACGUGGAGGGGGCCGUGUCCAGGGCUCAUAGCCGCUGGCUGGAAGAGCUGCCCACACAACCGGAGUACAAGGCCAGACUGCAGGCUGAGAAAAGCCAGUGGGAACAGCACACACACACACAGAUCUCCGCUGCUGUAGAGGCUGCAAAGGACCAAUGGGAGGAGGCCGCGCAGGCAGACAGGGCGGAGCUGGAGCAGAGCAGAGAGCGUAUUGGCCAGCUGCAGGAGGAGGUGCGCUCCCUUCAGGAGGAGGCGCGCUCCCUGGGCGAGCAGCAGGAGGCGCUGCUCGGAGCGGAGCUGGCCGCGGCCCGCACCUCCUGGACCCGCCGGCAGCAGGAGGAGACGGGCCGUCUCCAGAACCAGCACCAGACCCAGCUGGAGCAGGACCUGCAGCGGGCCAGAGAGGAGGCGCAGCAGGAGGUGAAGGAGGGCCUGCAGGAGGCGCUGCAGCUGCUGAGGAGAGAGGGGGAGAGGACAGAGGAGAAGAGCGACUGCAGGAGAGGGGGGCUGAGGGAGCUCUGCAGGGAGGCGCUGGCUAGAGCUGUGGCCAUCGCCCGCCAGGACUGGAGCAAGAGGAGUGAGGAGAAACUGAGGCACGUGCUGAAGGAGAUGCAGGAGCGACACCAGAAGGAAAUUCUCCAGCUGCAGAACUCGUCAGCGGAGGGCUUGGAUGUUCCGUGUGUCAGUAAGCGUUGCUCGGAGACGGCCUCCCGACUGCAGAAGAAGACUCAGGAGCUGCAGAGGCAGCUGGAGAAAGCCUGCAGACAACUGCAGCAGACCACCAGAGACCACCGCACCACCCUGCACACACUCACAGAGGAGCACGAGGAGGUCUUGCGACAGGAAAGGGAAGCCCAUGCCAAGGCUGUGGAAGAGGCCAAAAGAUCUGCUCAGGAGGAAGGUCAUGGCGGUCAGAAGAGCCUCCAGGCUGGCCUGGAGGAGAUGAAGGAGCAGUACACUGGCGCGGUGGAGAAGAUCAGAGGGGAUAUGCUGCGGUAUCUGCAGGAGAGUAAGGAGCGUGCGGCAGAGCUGAUCCGUGGGGAGGUACAGAGGGAGCGCCAGGAGACGGCCAGACGCAUGCGGCGAUACUACCUCACCUGCCUGCAGGAGCUGCUGCACGAUGGGGGGCACGCCAACGGCGCUGCUGAGAAGAAAAUCAUUAACGCAGCCAGCAAACUAGCCGCCAUGGCCAAAGUCUUGGAGACGCCCACGAACAAGAAGAAACUCGGCAAGAGCCAAACCGCCCAAGAGGAAGCCAACCUCAUCAGUGUUCCAGGCCAGACUCCCAGAGUUCCCUCUGGCCUGGCCCCUACCUCUGCGCUGGGAGACCCUGUAGGAGUAAGGCCUCAGGCCCUGGCCUGUGUCAGAGAGGCUUCGGAGAGCAGUGGCCAAUCAAACGCUUGCGCCAUCUCGGCCCCAGAAAGCAGCAGCCUGCCCAGGGGCCUGGGGGACCGCACGGCCUCAGAGAGCAGGGGGGCCCCCAGAGAGCAGCCCCAGGGCCUGAGGGGCCCCACGCCUCCACAACUGAAGCCUCCGGCCUCCCAGAAGCCCCCCAUGUCCGCCGCACCCCUCCUCGUCCUCGGCGCACGGCGGGCGCCAGAGGGCAGACGCCAGCCGGGCACACGUCACCCUGAGGAGCCAGCACAGGGAGCGGGAGAGAGAGAAGGAGCCACCGCAGCAGCGUCCACGCCGCUCUGACUCGGAUCCAGG